AUGGACAAAAAAAGUUCCAAAAAUAUGAAGAGCGUAGCGAUUCGACGGGUUUGGCAGCACAACGCAGCAUUCGAGUUUCAUCUGAUUACGGCCUUGAUUCGUCACUACACCUUCGUCUCUCUAGACACCGAAUUUCCGGGGACAGUUUUCCAAAUUCCUGCACAGACGCCUGCAUCCAAAUACCACCUCAUGAGGGAAAACGUGAACGCCACCAAGAUAAUCCAAUUAGGUCUAACACUCUCCGACCGCCAUGGAAACCUGCCGGACUUGGGCACUGAUACCUGCUACAUUUGGGAGUUCAACUUCAGGGACUUUGAUAUCGAUCGCGACUGUCAAAACAAGGACUCAAUCGAGUUACUUAAGAGGCAAGGAAUCGAUUUCUUGGAGAACAAGCAAAAUGGUAUUAGCGCUUCCCACUUCUCUUCUCUGUUGAGGAAUUCCGGUCUGAUCUCCAGGGAAUCCAACUUGACAUGGGUGACAUUCCACAGUGCUUAUGAUUUCGGGUUCUUGAUCAAGAUUCUAAACGAGGUGUUGCCGCACGACAUUACGAGGUUCAUGUGGAUGAUGGAUUUGUACUUUGGACAAAGAGUGUAUGACAUCAAAUACAUGAUUAGGUUUUGCCAAGGGCUUCAUGGAGGUCUCGAGAAAGUGGCGAAUGCACUCAAUGUCGAUCGUGUGGCCGGAAAGAGUCACCAGGCUGGCUCCGAUAGUCUGCUGACUUUGCAAACGUUUAUGAAGCUCAAGGAUGUGUAUUUCAAAACUAGCUUAUUGGAACAAAACUGCAACUCAAACUUUUAUUGCUGUCAAGGAGUUUUGUAUGGCUUGGAAGUUGAGGAUCGUUGA